AUGAAUGAGAAGAGGGAGGAGAACAGGAAGAAGGACAAGGAUAUUCGCCCUAUAUUGGGAGGGAGUAGAAGUUUAUUGGGUGGGGUCUUGGGGAGGGGAGUGAGGGGUCCUUGGAAGUCCUUGAUGUUUGAGAGACUGGGAAUAUGGAGUAUUGGGUAA